AUGUCGAGACAACGACGUGAAAGACGGGAGAUGGAAACCAAGGAGUUCCAUGAGGCGAGGUCGCAUCCGCCACACAUGCUUCAGAUGAUGGCUGAAUUAGUGGCUAAUUUUAGUGGUGAAGACGAUGCCUACUCCAUUGAAAAAAUGAUAGAUGAAGUGGAGUCAAAUGCAGAAAUUUUUGAAAGAGAAGUAGAAGGAAGCAGAACAUCCAAAAAUACCCCACGGAUACGAUGUUAUGGUUGUGGUGAAGCAGGUCAUGCUUCGUUGCAGUGCCCACACAAAGAUAAGGGACUUAAGUGCUUCAAAUGCAAUCAAUUCGGCCAUGUAGGUUCGACGUGUAAAAGAAGCGAACCACGAUCGGAAGUCAAACUGCAUAAUCGUAAAUCUUCGAGUAACUCCGACCACAGAAUACCGAAACAUGUCAUGUUCGGAGCAUCUCAAGGAGGCACAAUUAUAGUGUCAGAUUGUCCUAAUACAUUAAACGAAGUAAAUGAAAAUGAUAUUUUAACUGAAACCUACGUCGUUAAAAACUUAAAAGAAAAAAAAAUCGAUGACUACGACAGUGACGUACCUGUCAUUAGCGAGGUAAUGCCAGUCAAAAUACAUAAACAUAAUAUAGUUUUGCAGAAGCCAAUGAUUACCAUAAACAUUAACGGACUUAGUUUAAGCGUUCUGGUUGAUUCAGGCUGUGAGGUGAAUAUUAUAUCCUCAGAUAUAUAUGAUGCUAUCGGUAAACCUAAGUGCAACAAGGAUAAUAUUACUCUUUCCGGCAUUGGGUUGUCCAUAGUACGUUCUAUAGGGAAAUGUUAUCUAAGUUUUUAUGCAGGUGGAAAUUAUUAUAGCAAUAUAGUUUUUCAUAUUGUAUCUAAUUAUAUCCCUUAUAAUGUAAUUUUAGGGCAAGAGUUCUUAUCAAAUAUUACAGUGGUGAUGGAACGAGAACUGUGU